GGAACUGCGACACUUAGUUCCUCUGCUUCACGUUUUCUCCGCGCAGCAAUGCGUCUGACUAUGUGGAAUCCUAUUUGUGGUCAGCAACUGUUUCCGGUAUCCCUGUUUACUAUUACACUCUAUCUUUUAAUCCUCGUGACCAAAUUCUUCCAACGAUGCACUGGCGAAAGUAUACAAAUCGUCCCUCACUUCACCAGCAUACCUCCGCCAGUAUCCUACUUUAUCAGCAACGCACCGGACAUACCAAGCCUUCACCACGUGGACCUAAUUUGCCGAGUUUGGCCACCGAACUCCAAAGUUUACCUUUUCGGUAGUCAUCUGCAGGCUCCAACUCCAUCGACUAACAAUGAGCCUACUGGUGCACCUCACUGGUCAUCCGGGCACAUCACCUCCCCACCACCACCACCACCACCCAAUACCAUAGGCGCCCUUUUACCCAUUCCCCACGGCCUGGCCACUCAACGGUACGGACUGUUGUCCGCAUCGAAACUACAAUCGUCAUCUAGUCCCGCUUCUGAGCAAAGUCAGCUGACGACUGAUCUACGCGAAUCCAUUGCUUACGAGUCGCUAGCAAGUGCUAUCCGUGAACAUCCAGCAGCUGCGGCGGGAGACGAAGUCGCCGUAAUGCUCACUGUUUCCAGUCUACCUGAGGCACGACAAUUGGAGUUGAUGAGACUUCACUGCUUGGCUGCCACCGCAUUUGGACGUGUUCUGAGCGCUCCGUUUCAUCUCACUCCGACCAAUAUCGGUGAUUUCCCCUCCUCCAUCACUUCACCUGGCUCUUCUGAUGGUUCCACAACAAAGUUAUAUACUGUUGAGUUUUGGAUCAAUAACAUCGCGGUAGUUGAUUGCCAGUUGCCUCUGAACAGCUCCCCUGCACCUCUAGUACAUUUCGAAUUGAACGGUACCGUAAUUGGCGAAACAGCUCUGCAAACGGACAAAUUUCGCAUAGUCGAGCGACCUGACAAACAGCGUCUCAGUUUGCUUAUCCACAAGGUACAGCCGCUAGACGUCGGAACUUACCGAUGUGCCGUCACUAAUCCGCUAACCGGAGAGAAGAAAUACUCCCCCGAGGUCACUCAACUGAAGCUGAUUAUUCCCUCUAGUCCUGUUCAGACUCGAAUUGUCGUGCCUUUGGCGUCCAGUGCCACUGCGGAUGUGACUGGUAGCUCAGGCUCCACUCGAUCACACAAAAUAGUUGUGGAUGAAGGUCAAAACAUUACCCUCUUUUGUAUCAUUCAAGGCGCUCCCCCUCCAACAGUGGCCACCUACCCAUUCGAUCAGAAUACCACUGCACACAAUCGGUUCCUACGCGAUCGGAAAUUCGGCCUUCUCCAGAUCAUCAACGUUCAACCGAAAGACGCCGGAUUCUACAUUUGCUCCGACCGUCACAUCAGUUCCACUGCUCAACUCCUCGUGAAACCCCGCCUUCGUCUCGUCACUAAACCUGAGGAUGUUCGCAUUGCCCGGCUGGGUGACAGGGUUCAAUUCAGGUGCGCUACCUCAGAUCCACAGGUGACACCCUUUUGGCUUUUCAACGGACAGCCUAGGACCAGCAAUGGGGAUGGCAGGGAUAGUACACUCAUAUUGUCAAAUGUCACCGCUAUGGACUUGGGCAUAUACCAGUGUGUGGCAUUUCGCAAGUCGGACAAACAAGCACUCCUCGACGAAUGGAUCUCCGCUUCGGCAAUUCUAGCUUUGGAAUCGGACAAGGUUAUCCGCACAUCGGAUGAACUGACCAUGUACAUCCCACAAAAACCGGAGAUAGCUCCGAACCCCCCUACUCCAGAAGUCACUACCGCCGAGCUCACCCCUCAAGCUCAGGUGCUGUACGAUAACCUAGCGGUUUAUUUGGCUUGGCAACCGUUAAAUUCAGAGUUGUCAACUAUCGGGCAGUCAAAGGCAGUGGAGUACCGAGUGGAGUACUCCGUCCAGAUUGACCCCGUGGAGGAAGCGCAACGGCAUGGAGGUUCAAACGUGUCUUCGCACGUGCCUGCUUUGAUCGGCCUGGUUGGACACGAAGCGGUGAAGUGGAGCGAACAGAUUCCGUUGAAGCAACAGACAACAAUGUCUUUCCUCUACGUGACUGACACCGUGUUAAAGCCGUCGAAGCGAUAUCGGUUCCGUGUGCUUGCCGUUGAUCCGUCCACCGGAGUUGGUCUGGUCCCUCCCUCCGACUGGUCCAACGUGGUCAGCACGGAGCACAUCAGUUCAGUGGAUCCGCCGGAGAUCAAGAUGGUUCGGCCACUGUCUCAAGGUCGCGUCCAUCUCAUGUGGACAUUUGACGGGAAAGGAACCACUUCGGGCAAUCGAAUGACCCACCCGGAGUCUGUAUCAGCUGAUCCGACGUUGGGCUAUCUCGCCCUAUCUGGUGCAGCGUCUUCCUCCUCGACAUUCUCAUUGGAACCCAGUAGCGACCUUUUUAUCCCUGAGUAUUUCCUCGUCCUUGCUCGACCGUUGAUAAAACCCAAAGGUAAUUCAGCAGAUACCUUCAAAUACGGAACAUAUUGGACCACACAAGUGAACGGGUCAAACGCCAGAGAGGGUAUGCUUACUGGACUGAAUCGAUCUGCCAGUUACCAGGUGAUUGUUUAUGGUGUGCGUGGUCUCGGUGACAAACGACGAAUCACCCGUUUCUCCAAGGCUGCUUAUGUCAACUUGGCGACGGCUGAUCACACGGGUGAUGGAUACAGCUUACUCAGAGCACUCACAACCAACCGGAUCAUGUACUUGCUCGUGGGUGGAAUCGCAGCUCUCAUGUUCUUCAUCAUAUUCAUCUUCAUCUUGCUCUGUCUUUGCCGUCAGCAACGUGACCGGCGCUUGUCCAGCCAACGGAAGAAACAAAAUGGCUAUGUGCAAAACUACAAAGAUUCCAAUCAAUACGUCCCAGUUUCAACCACCGACGGUGGUGUCGCUGCCGCCUGCAGUACAGGUCAUUCGAAUGCCGGCACGAUGUCUAAUCGCGGUCCAGCUACCGGUAUGCUGAUGAUGAUGAGCAAUCUGCAAUCCAGCGCCUUUUCGGACCACUCUGCGCAACAUGGUCAAUUGCCCAACUCCAUGUCACCGCAACAGCAGCAGCAAGCGUUGUAUCUUCAGCAGCAGCAGCAGCAGCAGCAGGCAGACCACUAUGCUGCAGCCACCGCGGCUGCCGCAUCGAAAGAGAUGAUGUACAUGCAACAGCACCAAUCCGUUCUUGGAUCCCAACUGCAUCUGCAACAGCAACUUAGCAACAUGUCCUCUCCACAGCAGCAGCAGCAACAGCAUCCAAUGACCUAUCAUCCUCAACACCACCAGUCACACCAUUCUCUACUCUUGCCCUCCAGUGCGAUGACCGGUAAUGGUGGACCACAGAUCACGCCAGGAAACAUGUUCCAAUCCGGAACACUUCCUGGUGGCCCGCGUUAUCUCAAGCAACAAGGCUAUCCAGCGCAUCAGUUUGGUAGCCAGCAGCCGCUUAAUCAAACUGCCUCACCGGUCAAUUCACUCGAUGUGAACGAGUUUUAUCACCAUCACCCUCCUCAGAUGCAAUCUGGCGUGUAUGCUCACCAGCAACCACAGUUGCCACCAGUACCGCAUCCACAAACCGCUGAAUUGCCUCCUCCCCAUGCGGGAGUCAAUAGUGGAGCCAUGCACCAACAAAUGAUUUAUUAUCCUGGUUCCGUGACAUCCGACGGUGUAUCAAUGAAACGCGAGCCUCCUACCGGUGGCUCCUUGCAAGACACCGCUUACGGCACAAUGCUUCAGCGCACCCAAUUGACCGGGUCUGUUAUGAACACCGAUGCGCAAGCACCCAGCAUUGCCUCUGGCGGGGCCAUGUCUCCCGCAAGUCAAGCUGCUGCUGCAGCCGCCUAUUACCACGACAGUCAGCAAGCAUUGCAUAUGAUGCAGCAGCAAUACUCUGGCCGCAUGGGAACUCCGCAGGUGAAUCACGCUCUCAUGUAUUCUCCACGUCAGUCACAGCAACAGACUGCUUCGUUCUAUCAACACCCGUCUCAGGCAGUUCAACAACAACAGUACCCAGGUUACUAUGGGCAGCAGUUGCCGCCACCGCAUCCUGAUAGCAUGGGGCACACACUCCAUGGAUUCGGACCCACUGACGGAGAAUCAAUCUAUUCUUAUUUCAGCCAACAGGAGAUGUCGCUCUCCAACCCCCAUCAGCCACUGAAUCCAUUGCCGGAGGAAAACCAGUUCCGAUCCAAUGGCGCUUCUGGUUACGUAGACUCGAGUAUGCAAACCGCCGAAAUAAACGGACAGGGGGGCAGUGGAGGAAACGGUGGCAGCCCUGCGGCACCUGGUAGCCACCGCCACCAUCGUCGAAGGCGCCGUAAACAGCAACAGCGCCACCCGACUGAUUUGGUCAAUGGGAACGCGGAAGGAACCACAACAAACGACUCUGCUGAGGCUAUCGUCGAGGGUCAAUCGUUUGUUGAACAGUCUGAGAACUCGCAUUUGGACGAGCAACGUGCACUAUUUGAAAAUGAUCUGACCAGUCAAAAACGACAUCACUCAUUUUCUGGUUCUGCGAUGUAUUCCGACACGGAUCCCGUCGCAGGACAACCGAAUUUCAGCACAUCAUCGUACGGGCAGCCGAACAGUGCGGCGGAUCCUGGUCGACUUACAUAUGGACGCUUCACAGGCCAAUUACCGCCACCGAAUCAGCCUCCUCCGCCCCCACCGCCUCCCGGAAUCGCUUUUAGCCUCGGGUCACCGACGGGUCUAACCAACGGUUUACAAAUGGACCACCACCUCCCUCCCGUUAGCCUUGUCUAUCCGAGCCAACUGGGUAUGCACCCAUCCAUGCAAUCGGACUCGAUGUCUCGUCGAUUUUACUCCGGUGCUCCUGAUGGCAGCGGCUACCUUUCGGGUGGCACUGGAAUGGGCCUUUUGGUCGGACCCCCACCUCGCAUUCGUGACUAUUCCGAGUAUGGAAUUCCUCGUGGCAUCGGAUUGCCUCCUACUCCAUCCGGGGUCCAACCGCAACUAUCACACCAUAAUUCGCUGAUGGGCAGUGGUAACUCAGCCGCUCAGACGCAUCACUUGAAUUGUGGCAACAGCACCAUGUACGACGGCCGUUACCGAGAAGGGCAGGCAUGAACGUGCCACAGCUGACUUUCAUUUCCUCUCACUGGUGUCGUUGUCGCGCGCACUUCAUCCCGUUUAGUGCUCGAGCAUCCCCUCAUGUGCCCCCUUCUCCUCUCAGUCUACCUUUCUGCCAGAUUGCAUUAGCUUUGAAUUUUCUCCGGCCCACAACAGCGGCGGUAGCCACUGCUGCUGUUGAAUAUUUGCCCCAAUAUGUUUCGUCCCCCAUAGGUUUCGUCCUUUCACUCUCGUACUUCGUAUCCAUUUUCACGUAUAUACCCGGACAACCACAGCCUCCCCGUUUUUGCAACAACUACAACGAACUCGCAUUUCUCCGCUUCUAGGUGCGUACUUUAAGCUUUAUUUACUCCUCCGGUCUCCGUUCGCACCAACUGGCAGUCUCACACCAAACGAUUGGUUUCCGUAUCCUAUGUCAUUUUACCACGUGCCUGACCCCCCUCAACUUUUUACGGUUUAUGGUCAUAUUUGCUAUCAAUACGUGUGUGUGUACAGCGAUUCUGCUAAACACCUCUGUCUGCCCAUGAGUGGUCUCUCAUUGUUCAAUUGGUCAUCUUUAAUCGUGAAUGCCCUCGCAAAUUCGCAACACCACCGCUUCGCUGCUACCUGUUUUCUUUCUGUGCGUCUACGAUUUGUCACUUCCUCGUUCGUCGCAAACGAUUUCCACAGCUCCGCCUGAUCCGCGUACUUUUGAGUGUGUUCGCUUUGUUUCCAAAUGACUGUUUUUUUCUCUACCUUUCAUUCGACCACCUGCAUGAGUCUUCAAGUCUAACCUAUCAAGCGAUCUCGAAUUGAUCAUCAUUUGUUUGCUGAAUCUAGUUUUUCUUACCAUUUCGCAGUUAUCACAAUCAGUUUUGGGGCAAAAUCCAUCAUUCGCACCUGUUGUACUAUUCCGUAAUAUGAGGCUUCUUUUCAAGUGUGUUGUG